UCAGUAUCGAGCUGAACUCCAGCCGCUCUGUCACUCUGUGCUCCUCUUUACUGGAGAAACUCCCCGAGACGCCCCAUCACCACCGACACCACCCUGAACCGGAGACGCCGAGAGAAACGUCGCCGUGUUGUUCCGAGAGUUCCAGUGCGGAGCGUGAACCAACAUGGCCGUGAACAUGAACGAUCUGACUGAGCUGCUGGACAUGCUGGAGCAGAACUUCUCCUUCCUGGAUGACAACGGCUCACACGUGGAGGCGGUGGUGUGUCCAACUGCCUUCAGCCAGCGGGCCCUGCUCUAUGCCCUCUCUGUCCUCUAUAUCUUCAUCUUCCUCAUCGGCCUGGCCGCCAACGCCCUGGUGGUGUGGGUGAACGUGCGGGCCGGUAGGCAGGAACGCCACGAGACACACCUGUACAUUCUUAACCUGGCCAUUGCCGACCUGUGCGUAGUGGCCACUCUUCCAGUGUCCGUGAGCUCUCUGCUCCAGCAUGGCCACUGGCCCUUUGGUGAUGCCAUGUGCAAGAUCACACACCUGGUCUUCAGCGUCAACCUCUUCAGCAGCAUCUUCUUCCUGACCUGCAUGAGCGUAGACCGCUACCUGUCUGUGGUCCACUUCGGCAACACCCCCAGCCAGGGUAAGAGAAGAUGGAUCCGACAGCUGAUCUGUGUAGGUGUCUGGCUUCUGGCGCUGCUGGCCGCCAUUCCUGACACCUACUUCCUCCAAGCCGUCAAAUCCUCACAUUCCGAGAGUAUCGUGUGCAGGUCCGUAUACCCGGCCGAGAGCAUGCGAGAGUGGAUGGUGGGCGUCCAGAUGAGCUUCAUCAUCCUGGGCUUUGCCGUCCCCUUCCCCGUCAUCGCCAUCUUCUACGCCCUCCUAGCGAAGGCCGUCCAAUCGUCAGCCGACCAGGAGUGGCGCCUAGGCCGGCGCCUGAUCUUCACCUACAUUGUAGUCUUCCUGGUCUGCUGGCUGCCCUACCAUGGCACUUUGCUGAUGGACACGCUGGCCCUGCUCAAUGUGCUGCCGCUCACCUGCGCACUGGAGAACGUCAUGUACGUGGCGAUGCACCUGACACAGUGCCUUUCCCUGCUCCACUGCUGCCUCAACCCUGUCAUCUACAACUUUGUCAACAAGAACUACCGCUAUGACCUCAUGAAGGCCUUCAUUUUCAAGUACUCCACCAAAACAGGUCUGGCCAGGCUGAUUGAUGCCUCACAUGUGUCUGAGACGGAGUACUCUGCCGUGGAGAAUCAGGGACCUCUGUGAGGAGGAGAUAGUUGAAGGGCUUUGCUAUAAUUUCUAUUGACCUCCUGUAUAGGGUCCCAUAUUAAGAGACAUAAAUCUCUGAAGCUGUAUUCCCUUAAACAGCAAGGACUGUGUGCGUUUUAAGGAACUCUUGAACUUUGUAUUGAUAGAGUAUGUGUACUUUACAUCUCUGCAAACCGAAGAAUUGUAUAUCCUUUCUUGUAAAUGAGAAUUAUUUUUAGGGAUGUAUGACGAAAGCACUUGUACUGAGUGGAACAGUAGUUGGCUCAGCCUCGCUGUUGGUUGACCAAGCAUAUGAGGUCAGCAGGGUCAGUCUAGGUCCCCUCCCCCCAGAGGAGCCUAAGAGGGAACUCAUAAAGCCUCGGGGCCCUUUUUCAACCCCGUCUCCGUUUAUCCAUACUGCUCUGCAGCCGGCUGGUCAGACUCCGCCACCUUUAGACUGAAGGUUGCGGCCUCACACACGUUGGACCAUGACCGAGUUAAUUGGAGGGAAGUUAAAGAGCCAAAGCACGGUCAGUGGAGAGGGACAAGUCUCAUUAAAAGAUAUUAUCAAAGGAUGAAGUUGGAAAGCCAGAUGUAGAGAGAUAUAGUUUUUUAGGACAAUGUAUGUUUUGUAAAUACUAAGACAUAUUUAUAUAUUCAUCCGUAUGUAUUGUCAGUGUUUUGAAGUAUUUGAAGUUCAAAUGUACUUUUGAAAUAAAAAAAGAUAUUUGUACAAAUGUAA